UAGCCUGAGGAGGAUUUUUCAAUUUUCUUUCUCCCUCUCUCGUUUUUGAAAGAAAAUUACUAAAAGAUAGUGAGAAAGAUCGAAGAGUAAAGAAGAGAAGCGAUUGCUGAUCGAAAUAUUUCAACUGGGAAAAGUAUUGAUUGAACGAAAAUCCUGCAAAUAACAGUCUGAAGAUUUUCUUGCAACCAACACCAAUGGCAACACAAACUCAAGGUCUGAGUAAAGAUCAUAAUUUUAAUGAUCAUUUUAAAGGGCCUUUUGUUGGGGGAGAACACAAUGCCUCUGGAGCCCAGAAAGAAGUAAAGCUUGGUAAUAGGAAAGCACUCACUGAUCUUACAAACUCAGGGAAGCUGUCUCUACAUCAGGCAACAAAGAAGAAUAAUUUCAAGAAUUUGAAUGCUAGUGGAGGAAGCAUCAAUAUGUCCAAACCCUUGUUGUCUGUUGGAAGGACGACCUGUGUGUCUAAUGUUCAAGGGGAAGUAGGGCUUGGGGGUAGGAAAGCACUUACUGAUGUCACCAGCUCAGGGGGUCCAUCAAGACACCAGACAACAAAGAAGAAACACUUGUCUUCUUCCAGGAUAAAUAACUACGACUGUAAAUCUGAGGAGAAAGUUGAGCUUGGUUGUAGGAAAGUGCUUAGUGACAUUGGGAACUUAAGGAAGCCAUCUCUGCAUCAAACAGUAAAGAAGACAUAUCCCAACAAGUUAGAUGCAAUUGCAGAGGAACAGUGCAUGCAUGAUCAUCAAAAAUGCAUUAAUUCACAAAAAAGGGCAAUGGAUAUGCAUUUCCUUUCAAUGAUGACACCUGGGCUUGAUUCUGAGUUUUCAAUGGAGAUAGCAUCUCCAGGUGGGGUUUCAUGUCCGAAGAAAUCAAAGGUUGAGAGUUCCCCCAGGUACCUGGAGUUGGAAGAAAUACCUGGGUUGCUGGAUGAAUGUGUGUCUCCAUUGCAAUGCUGGAGCUGGACACCUAAGUCUCCGAAGACAUCUACAUAUCGGACUGGCGGCUAUCCUUCUCCUAAUCUGAUGUUGAAGGGAACACCAGAAUUGUCCAAGUAUUGAAAACACCCCCCAACCCCCCCCCCAACCCCCAAAAAAAAAAAAAAAAAAAAAAAAAAAAAAAAAAAAAAUCCCAGUACUGAAGUGACUUUAAGUGGAUGAUAUCAUGUGUAGGAGCCUUACAGUAAUAGUAAUAGUAGGUUGUUGGAUGAAAUGGGUGAUGCUAAAAUCUUUUCUGGCUUAGGAACCAGAAAAAAAGAAGAAAAAAAGAAAAAAACUCUAGUUGUGGAUCUCCUUUCAUCAAGUAAAUACAGAAUAGGUGCUUGUUCUUGUUCCUGGUAUAGCAAUAACACCUCCAUAUAAAUUCUUAUG